AUGAAGAGUUUCCGUUUUCUUCUAGUCUUGGUUCUGCUGGCAACAACUUCAUUGGAGAUGAAUGCUCGAACUUGCAAACCAAGUGGUGGUAUGUGGGGAAGAGAACCGCCUUCUGGAGAACGUGACGGUGAUAACAACUCGGACUGUUGUAUCCAAGGUAAGUUUUACACCACAUAUACAUGCUCGCCUCCAGUAACAAGUAAUACUAAAGCAACACUGACGAUAAACAGUUUCCAAGAGGGAGGUGAUGGUGGUGGUCCAUCGGAGUGUGACGAGCAAUACCACUCUGAUGACACACCAGUUGUUGCACUGUCAACUGGAUGGUACAAGGGAGGGGAUAGGUGCCACAAGUAUAUUACCAUCAAUGGAAAUGGGAGGAGUGUAAAGGCAAUGGUUGUGGAUGAGUGUGACUCUACUAUGGGGUGCGAUGAUGAUCAUGACUAUCAACCACCUUGCCCUAAUAAUAUUGUUGACACUUCCAAAGCAGUGUGGAAAGCCUUAGGGGUAUCCGAAUCCAAAGAUAACUGGGGAGAAAUGGAUAUUACUUGGAGAGAGUGA